UUUUAAUUUAUUGCCAAUAAUGGCAUUCUCGCAAUCAUUUGAGUUUGGCGACAGUACAUUUAUGAAGUUGGAAAACGAUUUAGGGAACAAGCACAAAAACGAAAAGGAUUUGGAUAUCAUACACGAAUCACCGCCAAGUGAAAAACUUAGGACACAUACACAGGCAGCAGCCAGUAGGUCAAAUGUAUCACGCCGCCAGUCAUUUCGCAGAUGGAAAUCCGACUCCAAAAUGGGACAAAGUACAACUAAUGCCAGUUGUGAAAAAUAUGCAGACUUUUUCAAAGACGACUUUUCCUAUGAGGGUAAGCAAGCAGCUGCGGACACGGGCAAGGCGGAUGUAGCUCUAAUGCGUGUGUCCCAAAUCCAGGCAGAACUGGAUGCGGCUAGGAAUAUGCUGGAGGAAAACUCUGAGAAUAUUAAUACCACGUCCAUAUUCGAGGCACACAUAUGCACGGAAGAUGUGUUCAAUACAGAAACAGAGGAUAUGGAUGAUAAGCGAGAAUCUCCAGUUGAGCUGGCCAAUCUAGAUGAAAGCAGCUUCCUAUGUCCAGUCAGAGAUAAUGUUGGCUCGCAGCAACUACAAAAGGAUCUGCUGUUCAGCCACUGUGAGCUAGCUAAGCACAGUCAGCAUCACAGUGAGAGCCUAAAGAUGUCCAAAUUGACCCAAAACCUGAGCAGCAUGUCACCAAAUCAGCUACGACUGUCGCCCAAUAGUUGUAGCCUAAAUGAAGCCACGCCGCCGCCUAAUCCUGAGCCAGUGCCUACAGCAGAGCGCAAGUCUAUAGCAGCUUGGGGCUUACCGCCCAGCGUGCUCAACGAGUAUAAGAAAAAAGGCGUGCUAGAGAUGUUUGACUGGCAGGUGGAGUGCCUCAGCAAGCCCAAGGUGCUCUUUGAACACUGCAAUCUAGUCUACUCCGCACCCACAUCGGCUGGCAAAACUCUUGUUAGUGAGAUACUGCUGCUUAAGACUGUGCUGGAGCGCUCCAAGAAAGUGCUGCUCAUACUGCCCUUCAUUUCGGUGGUGCGCGAGAAGAUGUUCUAUCUGCAGGAUCUGCUGCAGCCUGCUGGGUAUCGCGUAGAGGGAUUUUUUGGUGGCUAUACACCGCCUGGCGGUUUUGAGAGCAUCAAUGUGGCCAUUUGCACAAUUGAGAAGGCCAACUCAAUAGUGAACAAGCUGCUGGAGCAUGGCAAGCUAGAUGAGCUGGGUAUUGUAAUUGUGGACGAGGUGCAUCUCAUUUCGGAUCCCGGUCGUGGCUAUAUACUGGAGUUGCUGCUGGCCAAGCUGCUCUACAUGUCGCGCAAGCAGGCGCUGCAAAUACAGAUUGUUACCAUGUCCGCCACGCUGGCUAACGUGGAACUGCUGCAGCAUUGGCUCAACGCAGAGCUAUACAUAACCAACUACCGCCCCGUGGCGCUGCAGGAAAUGAUAAAGCUAGGCAGCAAUAUCUUUGAUAAUAAAUUGAGUUUACUGCGCGAUCUAAACAAAAGUUGUGAAGUGCCCACGCUAAGCAACGAUGGUGACCAAGUGGCGCAACUUUGCAUUGAAACGUUGCUGGAGGGCUGUUCGGCUGUGGUCUUUUGUCCCUCCAAGGACUGGUGCGAAAAUCUAGCCGUCCAGCUAGCCACAGCGCUGCAUGUGCUCCUCAAAUCGGAUAAUCCACUAGCGAAGCGACUGCGCACUCAACUUAAUCCAACAGCCAUUGAGGAUGUAAAGCAACAACUACGCGAUAUACCCACGGGUUUGGAAGCAGUCCUGGGAAAGGCCAUAACUUAUGGCUGCGCCUUUCAUCAUGCUGGUCUCACCACCGAGGAGCGCGAUAUUGUGGAAGCCAGCUUCAAGGCGGGCGCACUGAAGUUGCUCGUAGCCACCAGCACGCUUAGCUCCGGCGUUAAUUUGCCCGCCCGGCGUGUCAUCAUACGCUCGCCUCUAUUUGGCGGCAAGCAAAUGAAUUCACUGACUUAUCGACAGAUGAUCGGACGCGCUGGCCGUACUGGCAAAGAUACGCUUGGUGAAUCCAUACUCAUUUGCACGGAAAGCAAUGCGCGCAUAGGUCAGGACUUGAUCACGGCGCAGCUGCAGCCAAUUAGCUCCUGCCUGGAGCAGGAUGGCAGCAUGCAUCUUAAGCGCGCGCUGCUGGAGGUUAUUUCCUCUGGAGUCGUUAGCAGUAGACAGGACAUAGACAACUUUGUCAACUGCACCUUGCUCAGUGCACAAAAGUCUCGGCAGGCACAGGCAGAUACACAGGCGGAGCAGGAAGAUCACUAUCUAAGCGAUGCUUUGGAUUUUUUGGUGGAAUACGAAUUCGUGCGGCUGCAAACGGAUGAGGAAACAGCUAGGGAGCAUUAUGUAGCCACUCGCUUGGGCACUGCCUGUUUGGCCUCCUCCAUGCCGCCUACCGAUGGCUUAAUCCUGUUUGCCGAGCUGCAAAAAGCACGUCGCUGCUUUGUGCUAGAGUCGGAGCUGCAUGCAGUCUAUCUGGUUACACCUUACUCCGUGUGCUAUCAACUGCAACAGCUAGACUGGCUUCUGUAUCUGGACAUGUGGGAGAAACUUAAUCCUGCUAUGAAAAAGGUGGGAGAGCUGGUGGGCGUCAAAGAGGCGUUUCUAGUGCGCGCCAUGCGCGGACAAACCAAACUGGACUACAAGCUCAUGCAGAUUCACAAGCGCUUCUAUACGGCACUGGCGCUGCAAGAGCUGGUCAACGAGACGCCCAUCAAUGUGGUGUCGCACAAGUUCAAGUGCCCGCGCGGCAUGUUGCAGAGUCUGCAGCAGAUGGCCUCCACUUUUGCUGGCAUUGUGAGUGCCUUUUGCCAGUCGCUGCAAUGGUCCACGCUGGCUCUCAUAGUCUCGCAGUUCAAGGAGCGCCUCUACUUUGGCAUACAGCGCGAGCUCAUCGAUCUUAUGCGUCUGCCCGACUUGAGCCACAAACGCGCGCGUGUCUUGUAUGAUGCUGGCAUUACCAGCUUGGUGGAGCUUGCAGGCACCAAUGCGCUGACACUUGAACAGUUGCUGCACAACUCCUUGAGCUUCGAUUCAGCCAAGCAGCAUGAGCACGAGAACGCACUGGAGGCUGCCGAACGCAACUCGGCUAGGAAUUUCUUUAUCACGGGCAAAGCGGGCAUGACAGCAGCUGAAGCGGCAAAGCUACUCAUUGCCGAAGCGCGUCAAUUUGUGCAACAUGAGAUUGGUGUGGAAAACAUCAAAUGGACGCAAGUGGAAGACACGGCUGUAAAGGUGCUCCACAUGUCCAUUGAAGAGGAGCAGCCUCAGGCGCCAACCCAGGCAGUAAAGAAACGCCAGAUUUCUAAAGACGCAGAGGAGACGCCAAGUAAAGUGCGCAGGAUUGAGUCGAAUCCAAAAGAACUUCAGAAUAUUCUGGCUAAAGUUAAUACAGAAGCAAAGCGAAAUGUAGAAAUUCAGACUCCAAGAAAUGGAUUGAAGCCAAAGGAGCUUCCCUCUAAUCUGGUUAAUGUUAAUACAGUAGCCAGCCACAUAAAAGAAAUUCAGACAACUGACAGCACGAAGCCCUUGGAGGUACAGCAGACUAACGUAGCUAAAGCUAAUAUGGCAACUGCUCCGUUAAAAGAAAUUGUAGCCAAAGCUAAGGACAAAACAAUUUGUAAAACUUUAGAGCCAACAGCAGCUAAGAUCAUAAGCACUCCCGCAAUCGCUGCUCUGGAAGAGAAGCCCAGCACUAGCGCCUGCAGCCGCAAGGAGCUGCUGGACAAACAAAUUGCAGAGCGUCGACACAUUGCACUCAUGAAAAUUAACAGCAGACGUGCUAAAUUGGAGAAUGCACGGCAAGGAUUGCCGACUGAGGCGCCUGCGCAGAGUUUGCCUGGCUCGACACCGCCACCAAAAACGAAUACGAAAGAAAACGUGCCACCAAACAAAACGCCCAUUGUGACACCUACGACGGCUAAAAGUAAAACGCCAACUGCAGCUGCAACAAAGUCACUGCCACGACGUAGUCCACGCAAUCACAAAAGCUCCACGCCAGCAUUAGCAGAGAUAGCUGCAGCAAAGGAGCAAGAUUUGUUUGACAAUGAUGAGUCCUUUAUGUUAAACACAGGACUAACUGCAGCCUUAACCGCUGCUGAGGCCAAAGCGCAGCAAGCUUCCAUUCCCGAUGAAAUUCCCAGCUCACAGCCACAGGAAUCGCACCAUUCACCGCAUGCUUCACGCUUGCUGCUGCGCUCUCAACGCAUGCAGAGUCCCAAAACUAAGCCCGAUGAAAUACCCAGUUCACAGCCACUGGAAUCCCACCAGACGCCUCACGCUUCUCGCCUGCUGCUGCGCUCACAACGCAUGCAGAGUCCCAAAACAAAGCCCAAGACAGAACCAGCGCCUGCGCCUAAAACUGAGCCAAUAUCCGACUCCGCGUCCGCUGGCAGCUCCAUGGAACUCUCAAAUAUGUCGCUGGAAAACUCGUUAAUCAAGCAUCCACAUUUGCUGAAUGCCUCGCACAUACUUAGCUGCUCCAAGUUGGAUGAGCCGGCCUCCAGUUUUGCCAGCCUUGAUAUCAUUGACCUUUGUGGUAAUCAGCAGCUGUUUCAAAUGGCAUCUGCGGAGCUCCAAAAGUCCACACGCUGUGGCUUAAGCAUAGCAGUGCAGGCUCAGGCAGGCAAACGCAAGCCGCUCAUUGGCGCCAAUUUGCUUAUUAACCAAGUGGCGGCUGAGGAGCAGCGCAAAGCAGCAGCGGAUAUGCAGCCCGCGCUCUUUCAGCUGGACGACAGCUGCUUUAUGGCGGGCGUAUCCUUCUGCCUGGCCGACAAUGUAGUCUACUAUUUGAAUUUGCAGCAGGAGGACAAUGAUGCACAGCUCAGCAGCAAGCAAAAGCUGGAACUUAUAGCCAAAUUGCUAAGUCGCAACGAGCUGACGCUGAUCAUGCACGAUGGCAAGGAGCAGCUUAAAACGUUGCGACGCAUUUUGCCGCAACUCAGCUUCAUAGACUGUAAAUUGGAGGAUCCCAAGGCAGCCAAUUGGCUGCUCCAACCAGACAAGACACUCAGUUUUCAUAACAUGUGUCAGCAGUUUGCGCCGGAGUGCACGGCGCUCUUGGGGUUAUGCGGUAGUGGGCGUGGCUAUAGCAGCUAUGGCAUGGAUGCUAGCAGUGCCAUCUUGCCCAAGGUGCGGGCGUCUAUUGAAGCCUGCGUGAGCCUGCAUAUACUCCAUGGGCAACUGGAGAAUCUGGAGCGCAUUGGCAGCGCUGAGUUGCUCAAGUUCUUUCGAGAAGUGGAAAUGCCCAUACAUCUGUCACUGUGCCAUAUGGAAUGCCUUGGAUUUCCAGUCAAGGAACAUCGCUUGUUGCGCUUGUAUCAGCAAAUGUUGGCCAUGACGAAGAAACUUGAGUCCAAGAUCUAUGAGUUGCAUGGCUCACGCUUUAAUUUAGGCUCCACACAAGCAGUGGGCAAGGUGCUUGGACUACAUCGUAAACCAAGUGGUCGCGUCAACACCUCGCGGCAAAUACUUGAGAAGCUGGACUCGCCCAUGUCGCAACUGAUACUCAACCAUCGCAAGUUGAGCACAUUGCUUGCCAAGUGUGUGCAGCCACUGCUCAAGUGCUGCCAGACGAAUCGUGUGCAUGGCCAAAGCAUUAGUUACACAGCUACAGGUCGCAUCUCCAUGGCAGAGCCAAACUUGCAGAAUAUAGCCAAAGACUUUGAAGUGCAAGUGGGCAGUGAAAAGAUUAACAUAUCUUGUCGCAGUUCAUUUGCGCCCAUGCAGGAGCAACGCUGCCUUCUAUCGGCGGACUUUUGUCAGCUGGAGAUGCGUAUAUUGGCGCAUUUGUCCAUGGAUAAAGCGCUGUUGGCCGUAAUGAACUCCUCACAGGAUUUGUUUACGGCCAUUGCUGCGCAUUGGCAUAAGAUUAAAGAGUCCGAGGUGACAGAGCCUGUGCGCAAUGGCACCAAACAGAUCUGCUAUGGCAUUGUCUAUGGCAUGGGCAUGCGCAGUCUGGCCGAGGCGCUCAAAUGCACAGAACAGGAAGCGAAGAUGCUGUCCGAGCAGUUUCAUGCAACAUAUCCAGGCAUUCGAGCUUAUGCUGAAAAGGUGGUGAAGUUUGCACGCAACAAUGGCUAUGUAGAGACCAUUACUAGUCGACGACGCUAUCUGGAUCACAUAAAUAGUGGCGAGCUGCAGCUAAAAAAUCAAGCUGAGCGACAAGCAAUUAACUCAACAGUUCAAGGCUCUGCCGCAGAUAUUGCCAAAACCGCAAUCCUACGCAUGGAGAAGAAUAUAAAGCGCUAUAGAGAGAAAAUUGGAUUGGAGGAGCAGGCAGUUAAUCUGGUGUUGCAUCUGCACGACGAGCUCAUCUUUGAGGUGCCCGCUGAUAAGGCAAGGAAAAUAGCAAAAGUUCUGCGUGUUACCAUGGAGAACUGCAUCAAAUUAAAUGUGCCUUUGAGAGUGAAGCUGAAAAUCGGACGCAGCUGGGGUGAAAUGCAAGAAAUUUAGACAUAAGUUAUAAUUUUACAUCAUUCUUUUAUUAGGUUUCAAAUUGUACACAAAGUUUUUCUUAGAUUUUUUA